UCUACAGUCGACUGCGAGGUACCAAGCCAAGCAACUCCGAUCUUUGACCAGCAUUUACAGCCACUGCAACUCCAACAACAACCCAGCAGCAUCAUCAUGAAGUGCGCAUCGAUCAUCUGUGCCGUUGUGGUCGUCCUGUCGGCCACCCUCGCCAACAACGUGGCUCAGGCGACCCCCGCCGACGAAGCUGCCGCUGCUGCCAGUGCGGCCAUUGCCGAGCACCCCGCGCUCAACACACUCCUCGACGAGCUGCCGGAAGAGACCCACCAUGCAGCCCUCGAGAACUAUCGGGCCAAGCGGGCGACCUGCGAUCUGGCCAGUGGCUUCGGAGUCGGCAGCAGCCUCUGCGCCGCCCACUGCCUGGCCCGCCGCUACCGAGGCGGCUACUGCAACUCGAAGGCCGUUUGCGUUUGCCGCAACUAACAUGGGAACCGCUCUGUGACGGAAGGAUCCACCACCAGCAUCAGUAUACCGUCUUCCAGUGUAACGAGAGCAAAAUUGAAUGGUUGUUAAAAUUUAUGAAGCAAAUAAAUGAAUUAUAAAAGCA